CGCUCCUCACCACUGGCGAGUUGUUCUCUCUGUCUUUUCCUUCUCGCGCUCUCUUCCACCCAUCUUGCGUGUGCUCGGUUUAGUGUUUACCGAGCCGGACAGAGCUCUCUCCAGCGGUAGCGGACACUGCGGGGGAACAAAACCACUAUGGAUUGCUAAAACUCGGGCUUAUUUUUCUCUUUUCCCACCUUCUCUCUCGCCUUGUUUCCUCCUCCUCCAUGUCUCUCCACAGUUUUUAAGGGACGGAAAAUGAGGAUUAUUUACCCGCACUUUGUCGGGGUGUUUUCCGCCCUUUGGGGGCUAGCGACUGGGGCUUUCCCCAGCAGUGUUCAAAUAGGUGGUCUAUUUAUCAGGAACACAGAUCAGGAGUACACAGCAUUUCGACUGGCUAUCUUCCUGCACAACACCAGCCCCAAUGCCACGGAGGCUCCAUUUAACCUUGUACCCCAUGUCGACAACAUUGAGACAGCUAACAGCUUUGCCGUCACAAAUGCCUUCUGUUCGCAGUACUCGCGGGGUGUGUUUGCUAUCUUCGGCCUGUACGACAAGCGUUCGGUGCACACCCUGACGUCGUUCUGCAGCGCUCUGCACAUCUCCCUGGUCACGCCCAGUUUCCCCACGGAGGGGGAGGGCCAGUUCACCCUGCAGCUCCGCCCCUCUAUCAGAGGAGCUCUGCUGUCCCUGCUGGACCACUACGACUGGAGUCGCUUCGUAUUCCUCUACGACACAGACAGAGGUUAUGCCAUCCUACAGGCAAUCAUGGAGCGAGCAGGUCAAAACGGUUGGCAGGUGAGUGCCAUCUGCGUGGAGAGUUUCAACGAGGCAGCGUACCGUCGUCUGCUAGAAGACCUGGACCGCCGGCAGGAGAGGAAGUAUGUCAUCGACCUGGAGCCUGAGAGACUGCAAAGUAUUCUAGAACAGGCUGUUAGUGUGGGGAAACAUGUCAAAGGCUACCAUUACAUCUUGGCCAACCUGGGUUUUAAAGACAUAUCUCUAGAGAGGUUUAUGCAUGGUGGGGCUAACAUCACAGGGUUCCAGUUGGUUGACUUCAGUAAGCCAAUAGUCCUCAAACUGAUGCAGCGCUGGAACAAACUGGACCAGAGAGAGUACCCAGGCUCUGACAUCCCACCCAAGUACACCUCGUCUCUGACAUAUGAUGGGGUGUUGGUGAUGGCCGAGGCCUUCAGGAACCUGCGUCGUCAGAAGAUAGACAUCUCCCGUAGAGGAAAUGCUGGAGACUGUCUGGCCAACCCAGCUGCUCCCUGGAACCAGGGCAUAGACAUGGAACGCACACUCAAACAGGUGCGUAUCCAGGGUCUAACAGGUAACAUCCAGUUUGACCACUACGGCCGCAGAGUCAACUACACCAUGGACAUGUUUGAACUGAAGAGCAACGGACCACAACGGAUUGGCUACUGGAACGACAUUGACAAACUGGUUCUAGUCCAGAAUGAGGUGCUGUUGUCUAACGACAGCACAAACAUUGAGAACAGGACAGUCGUCGUGACAACUAUCAUGGAGGGUCCUUAUGUGAUGCUGAAGAAAAACUGGGAGAUGUUUGAGGGGAAUGACCAGUUCGAGGGCUACUGCGUGGACUUGGCCUCAGAGAUCGCCAAACACAUCGGCAUCAAGUACAAGAUCGCCAUCGUCCCUGACGGCAAGUACGGAGCCAGAGACCCCGAGACCAAGAUCUGGAAUGGCAUGGUGGGAGAACUGGUCUAUGGGAAAGCAGAGAUAGCAGUAGCCCCUCUGACUAUAACCCUGGUCCGUGAGGAGGUGAUAGACUUCUCUAAGCCCUUCAUGUCCUUGGGGAUCUCCAUCAUGAUCAAGAAGCCCCAGAAGUCUAAACCUGGAGUCUUCUCCUUCCUGGACCCUCUGGCCUACGAGAUCUGGAUGUGCAUCGUCUUCGCUUACAUAGGGGUCAGUGUGGUGCUGUUUCUGGUGAGUCGCUUCAGUCCAUAUGAGUGGCAUGCAGAGGAGCCAGAGGAAGGCUCUACUGAGCCAGGCCCCACUGACCAGCCACCCAAUGAGUUUGGCAUCUUCAAUUCACUCUGGUUCUCACUGGGGGCCUUCAUGCAGCAGGGCUGCGACAUCUCACCACGGUCUCUGUCGGGGCGUAUAGUGGGGGGCGUGUGGUGGUUCUUCACUCUCAUCAUCAUCUCGUCCUACACGGCCAACCUGGCUGCCUUCCUCACAGUGGAGAGGAUGGUGUCGCCCAUAGAGAGUGCUGAGGAUCUGGCCAAGCAGACGGAGAUCGCCUACGGAACACUGGACUCGGGCUCCACCAAGGAGUUUUUCAGGAGGUCAAAGAUUGCUGUAUAUGAGAAGAUGUGGUCCUAUAUGAAGUCUGCUGAGCCCUCUGUCUUCGCGAAGACCACAGCGGAGGGCGUAGCUCGUGUCCGCAAGUCCAAAGGGAAGUACGCUUUCCUCCUGGAGUCCACCAUGAAUGAGUACACCGAACAACGCAAGCCCUGCGACACCAUGAAGGUUGGAGGCAACCUGGACUCCAAGGGAUAUGGCAUUGCCACACCUAAAGGCUCACAGCUAAGAACCCCGGUAAACCUUGCGGUUUUGAAACUGAGUGAAGCAGGCGUCUUAGACAAACUGAAAAACAAAUGGUGGUACGAUAAGGGCGAGUGUGGACCCAAGGACUCGGGAAGUAAGGACAAGUCCUCCCAGGCCCUGAGCCUGAGCAACGUGGCUGGGGUCUUCUACAUCCUGGUGGGGGGUCUGGGCCUAGCCAUGCUGGUGGCCCUGGUCGAGUUCUGCUACAAGUCGCGUGCCGAGGCCAAGCGCAUGAAGCUGCCCUUCACAGAAGCCAUGCGGAACAAGGCUCGGCUGUCAAUCACGGGCAGUGUGGGUGAGAAUGGGCGUGUCUUAACCCCGGACUGCCCUAAGGCCGUCCAUGCUGGCCACUCCCUCAGACACCCAGGGCUUUCCCUACCCUCGGGCCUACCCUGAAAACCAAAAACACACACUGUGCCUUAACCACACACACACACACACACACACACACACACACACACACACAC